AUGGGGAGGGGGCUUCUGUGUCAAAGUGGACCCACACUAGUUCAUUCAACCAACCAACACAAGCAGAAUGCGUGUAGCCUGUCUGUUAGUGCUGUUCCCAUUGGCCCUGGUGCAGCUGGGAGGCUGUCUGCUGCUAGGAGCCUUCAACAUCAAGACAUUCGGAGACAAGAAGUCCUCCAACUCAACCCUCAUGGACAUCAUCACCCAGCUGUGAGGAACUUUGUUUUGAUUCCUCAACACACGUCUCCAGACUCGGCAGUGAAGGAGGUUGAUGCUCUGUACGAUGUGGCCGCUGACGUCAGAGCUCGCUGGAACACCAAUGACAUAGUGCUGCUGGGGGACUUCAACGCAGGCUGUCGCUACGUCAGUGGAUCAGACUGGCAGCAGAUACGUCUCUUCACAGACCACAGAUACCACUGGCUGAUCCCUGACCACGCUGACACCACGGUCUCUAACACCGACUGUCCCUACGACAGGGUGGUGGCCACCACUGAGAUGAUGAGAGGAGUGGUCCCUGGGUCGGCUGAGGUGUUCAACUACAUGACUCACCUGAAGCUCAGCCACAGCACGGCAUUGGCUGUCAGCGACCACUACCCCGUUGAGGUGAAGCUGAUUGGUCACGCCCCUGCUGCAUGAGCCCGCCUCCAGGAACUAUUCAGACACUCUCAAAUGGCACCCUAUUCACGGCGUAGUGCACUACUUUGGACCAGAGCCUUCUAUAGGGAAUAGGGUGCCAGUUGAGUGUCAUCGCCAUGACGCGUUUCAAUAAAACUCAGUCGAACGGG